AUGCUGAUACGAUUGAAAAGCCCCAAAGCCCUGCCCUUUCACCAGAAAGAAACCCUUGUCGUCGAAAAAUUCCAUUCCUUAAUCAAAGAGCACCACAGCAAAAACCCUAACCCAGAUUCAAACUCGACCCCAAACUUCAUCGAUCAGAUGAAAGCCAAAAGCGUCGACAUCUCGCUCGAAACCUUUGCGAUUCUAAUCAGGCGUUACGUGAAGGCCGGGUUGGCUGCAGAGGCUGUGCACGCGUUUAAUCGCAUGGAGGAUUACGUGUGCUGUCCUGAUAAGAUCGCGUUUUCUGUUUUGAUUAGUAUUUUAUGCAGAAAAAGAAGGGCUGAUGAAGCUCAAACUUUUUUCGAUAAAUUGAAGGACAAGUUUGAACCUGGUGUGAUUAUGUACACCAGCUUGCUUAACGGUUGGUGUCGGGCGCAGUCGGAUCCGGGGUGUUUGAUGAAGAGCAUGUCGGUGAAGGGACCUUUUCUAGAAGAUCUUUCAAUUAGAGUUCCACCUAAGAAACCAAGUACUGUUCCGUUGCCAACAGAUGGUUUUGUUGAAGAACCCAAUGAUCCUGGUGCAAUCUCUUCUCCGUUUUCAGUUCCACGGCCAUCACAAAAUAGGGAGAACUCUCUCCUUCCUCCAGAUUCAAAUGAAAAGGAAUGUGUUUGGGAUGCUUCUUUGCCUCCAAGUGGUAAUAUAAGUCCACAUAGCAGCAUUGACAGUACCGGGGUGGUGACUGCAAUGAGCAUUGUCAAUAGUUGUGCUAAUACAUAUAGGAGUGAUGCUGUUACUAGUGAUGGCAUGUUCAGCAUGGAUAGGAACUGUGAGAGUACAAAGGGAAGUGUUAGAGCAGAUUCACUUGAGAGCGCAAAGACUAAUAUUAGCCGUGCAAGUGAUAGCAGUGGCAUUAGCGAUGACAGUAACUGGAGUAACAUCACCGGAAGUUCUAAUAAACCUCAUAUGACAAGAUAG